GUGUGUGUGUGUGUGUGUGUGUGUGUGUGUCUGACCUUUCUUGCACACUGUUGAUGUUGUGUGUGUGUGGUCACAGGUCAUCGCUUCAUGACAACAACAAUGACAUCGUCAACUUGGAGCUGCGACAAGAAGGUGACAACUUCCCCAGACCUCCUCCGGGGGAUUCUGGAAGACUUGACGAGGAAGACGUCGGUCCGCCAGGAGUCUCAGGUGGGGGCGGAGCCAAGAAACGUCUGGCAGCUCCGACUCUCAGCCUGACGCUGAGCCACGCCGACUCUCACGAGCAAAGUCACGACAGCGUCUCGGUCGCGGCGCUCUCGUCCACGCUGUCGCUCGACAUCAACCUGGAGGCGCUGGAGACGCCGUCCGACAGCGAGGCGGAGCCUGACGGCGCGCACAACCUGGACUGGGAGGACGAGUUCCCUCGGACGAAGAGGGAGGGGGCGAGGGGCGCGGCCUGGAGCCAGGGGGAGCCGAGCGGGACGGGCCUGAUGGACCUGGACCAGGUGGACGGCGAAGGGCGCCGCUGGAGGAAGUUCUGCCCGUCCGGCCAGGAAUACAACGUCAACAUGAGCGUCCUGGAGCCGUACCUCCAGGUGCUGUCACACGGAGGUUACUAUGGAGACGGGAUGAACGCCAUCAUCCUCUUCACGUCGUGCUACCUUCCAGAAAACACGGUUGACGACUACGACUACGUGAUGGAGCACCUGUUCAGGUACAUGGUGGGCACCUUGGACCUGAUGGUGUCCGAGAACUACGUGCUGGUCUUCCUGUGCGCGAUGGCGCCCAGAAACAAGUUCCCGUCCAUCCGAUGGCUGCGCCAGUGCUACACCUCCAUCGACAGAAGGUUGAAGAAGGACCUCAAAGGGCUACUGGUGGUGCAUCCCAGCUGGUACUUCAAAGUCCUGCUCACUGUGGUCAAGCCUUUCAUCAGUGACAAGUUCAGCAAGAAGAUUCGUUUCAUCCAAAAUCUUGACCAGCUCUCCCACGUCAUCCCCACAGACCGACUGAUGAUCCCGGACGCCAUCGCUCAGUUUGACCAGCAGUUAAACAGAUGACGAGAGUCACGCCCACGGCCUGGACACUUCCUAGAGACCAGUGAUUCCACAGUGACAGGACGUGACCGGUUUGGGGGGGAGUGCAGAAAGAAACAAUAGGCCCGUUUUUUUUCCACCAAAAGUUGCUGGAUUUUUAAGUUCCUGGAACUUUAGGUUCCAGGGACCAAAUGUCCCGGAAACAAAUAUUCCAGGGAAUAGGUUCCACUGACUAAAGGUUUCAGGGACUAAAGGUUCCUGGAACUUUAGGUUCCAGUGACUAAAGGUUUCAGGGACUAAAGUUUCUUAGAACUUUAGGUUCCAGUGACUAAAGGUUUCAGGGACUAAAGGUUCCUGGAACUUUAGGUUCCAGUGACUAAAGGUUUCAGGGACUAAAGGUUCCUGGAACUUUAGGUUCCAGUGACUAAAGGUUUCAGGGACUAAAGUUUCCUGGUACUUUAGGUUCCAGUGACUAAAGGUUUCAGGUACUAAAGGUUCCUGAAACUUUAGGUUCCAGGGACCAAAGGUUCCAGGGACCUAAGGUUCCAGUGACUAAAGGUUCCAGGGACUAAAGAUUUCAGGAACUUUAGGUUUCAGAGAAUAGGUUCCAGGGACCACGGGUUCCGGGGACCACAGGUUCCAGGGACUAAAGGUUCCAGGGACUAAACAUUCCAUGGACAU